UACAGCAACCCUGAAGCUGAAGGGCAGCUUUUGAAUUCCUUUGCCCAGUAUUUUGGUGACAGCCUCGGGAGGAAGAUUAAAAGAAUGCCUUUAAUCGAAGAAACUGUUCUGCCUGGGGACUCCCUUCUUACUCUGCCUGUAGUGGUAAUAGGAAAUGGACCUUCAGGAAUUUGUCUUUCUUACCUGCUCUCUGGAUACAGGCCAUAUUUAUCUCCUGAAGCUAUACACCCAAACCCUCUUCUACAUACGAAAUUAGAAGAAGCUCGACAUCUUUCCAUUGUGGAUCAGGAUCUGGAAUACCUGUCUGAAGGUCUUGAAGGUCGCUCUUCAAACCCAGUGGCAGUGCUUUUUGACACAUUGCUUCAUCCUGAUGCUGACUUUGGUUAUGACUACCCACCUGUUUUGCACUGGAAGCUAGAACAACAUAAUUACAUUCCCCAUAUAGUGCUUGGUAAAGGACCACCUGGAGGGGCUUGGCAUUCCAUGGAAGGCUCUAUGCUAACAAUCAGUUUUGGAGACUGGAUGGAAUUGCCUGGCCUCAGCUUUAAGGAGUGGGCAGCCAGCAAACGCAGAAAUAUAAAGAGUGAUAGAGUAAUGCCAGAGGAAAUAGCUUGUUAUUAUAAACACUACGUUAAAGUCAUGGGCCUCCAAAAGAAUUUCAGAGACAAUGUUUACAUAACAUCAGUAUCCCGGCUUUACCGAGGAAAGGAUGAUGAAGACAGAAGUCAACUAAAUGAAAAUAUUUCAACACAGCAUUUGGAAAUGGAAGACGGACAGAAUUCACUGAUUAAAAGAAACUGGGAAGUCAGAGGUUAUCAGCGAGCAACAGAUGGUUCUCACGUGCCCUUCUGCCUCUUUGCUGAGAAUGUAGCUCUUGCCACAGGAACCUUUGAUUCUCCUGGCCGACUACAAGUUGAAGGAGAAGACUUUCCUUUUGUCCUUCAUUCUAUGUCUGACUUUGGAGCUGCUAUCAGCAAAGGAAAGUUACGUGGGAAGCCAGACCCUGUGCUAAUUGUGGGUGCUGGACUUACAGCAGCUGAUGCCGUACUUUGUGCCUACAACAACAACAUCCCAGUAAUCCAUGUGUUUCGUAGACGAGUUACUGAUACAAGUCUAAUUUUCAAACAGUUACCUAAAAAGCUUUACCCUGAAUACCAUAAGGUCUAUCAUAUGAUGUGUACUCAGUCCCAUACUGUGGACUCUAAUCUACAUUCUGCUUACACUAGUUUCCCUGAACACAAUGUACUUUCCUUCAAACCUGAAAUGAAGUGUGUUCUUCAGAGUGCCUGCGGACUGAAGAAAAUUUUGAAGUUUUCUGUAGCCUUAGUUCUGAUAGGUUCUCACCCAAAUCUUUUCUUUCUUAAGGACCAAGGACAUAGUAUAGGUCAUCACUCUAAUCAGCCCAUCACAUGCAAGGGGAAUCCUAUAGAGAUUGAUCCAUACACUUACGAAUGCACUAAAGAAGCCAACCUCUUUGCUUUAGGUCCUCUGGUGGGAGACAACUUCGUACGGUUUUUAAAAGGAGGUGCAUUGGGCAUUGCACGAUGCUUGGCAAUAAGGCAAAAGAAGAAACAUGAAUUGAUUGAAAGUAGGGAUGGAGGAGGUGAUGGGGUACCAUAAAUGAGAUGUUAGAAACUCUCACAUACAGAAUUACAGACAUAGUCUAACAGAACACUCACUGGCAGCGAAAGUUGAUAGCAGUCACAUUUCUGUUGUGUACAAGUAACAUACCUGCGCUUGUAUUGCUUGGUAAAGGAUGCUGAUACUACAGUACUUCACCUUUUCAAAACACAAAAAAUCGAUCUGCUGUUACAACUGAUCUCUACUCAACUGGAAUUACUUCCAGAUAAACAGAAAAUGAGACUAACUUUAU